GGCGGCGCGGCGCACCUGCCGCCGGGCAUGGCCGCGGCCAACGGCGCGGCGCAGGCGGGGCUGCUGUACCCGCAGCCGCCCGGCUUCACCGUCAACGGCAUGCUGGGCGCCGCGCAGCCCGCGCUGCACCACCACGGCCUGCGCGACGCCCACGACGAGGCUCCCGGGCCGCCCGCGCCGCCGCACCACGGUGCCGAGCACCCGCACGGGCCGCACCCCGCGGGCGGAGGAGGGCCGGGGGCCGGCGGAGCGGCGGCGGCGGGAGGGCCGCACCACGAGGCGCACUCCGACGAGGACACGCCGACCUCGGACGACCUGGAGCAGUUCGCCAAGCAGUUCAAGCAACGGCGGAUAAAGCUGGGAUUUACCCAAGCGGACGUGGGGCUGGCGCUGGGCACGCUGUACGGCAACGUCUUCUCGCAGACCACCAUCUGCCGCUUCGAGGCCCUGCAGCUCAGCUUCAAGAACAUGUGCAAGCUGAAGCCUUUGUUGAACAAGUGGUUGGAGGAGGCGGACUCCUCCUCGGGCAGCCCCACCAGCAUAGACAAGAUCGCGGCGCAGGGCCGCAAGCGGAAAAAGCGCACCUCCAUCGAGGUGAGCGUCAAGGGCGCGCUGGAGAGCCACUUCCUCAAGUGCCCCAAGCCCUCGGCGCAGGAGAUCACCUCGCUGGCGGACAGCCUUCAGUUGGAGAAGGAGGUGGUGAGAGUGUGGUUUUGUAACAGGAGACAGAAGGAGAAGCGCAUGACGCCGCCCGGGGGGACGCUGCCGGGCGCCGAGGACGUGUACGGGCCCAGCAGGGACACGCCGCCGCACCAUGGGGUGCAGACCCCCGUGCAGUGACCUGGGCGCCCUCCCCCCACCCCUACUCCUCCUCCUCCUUCCCCCCGCCUUUCCGGCGUCCUCCUUUCGGUGUUGGGGUUGUUUUUUGUUUUUGUUUUUGUUUUUCUUUGUUUUUAUUUUUCUCCUCUCUUUCAAAAAAAAAAUCGAGC